AGCUUUAAACGUUGUUUAUGAAAGUAUCAAACAGAUUUAACCAAAGAUGACUGGGACAAUUGGCCUUAUGAAAGCUCAUAUAAGCUAUGUACUAAAUGAUUUGGCGGAUCCAAGAACAAAGGACUGGUUUUUGGUGGACAGUAUUCUGCCAGUUCUUACGAUGGCUGUAAUCUAUUUACUUUUUGUAUUAAAACUUGGUCCAAAGUUAAUGGAGAACCGGAAACCGUUCGAAAUUAAAAACGUUCUUAUUUUUUAUAACCUUUUUCAGGUUCUAUUAAGCGCUUAUAUGUUUUAUGAGUCUUUAGAUGCAGCUUGGCUGCGAAACUACAGUUGGACAUGUGAGCCCAUCGAUAGAUCAAUGGAUCCAAGUGCGAUGAGAAUCGCCAGGGGAGUUUACGUAUUUUAUUUGGCAAAAGUCUCGGAACUGCUCGACACCAUCUUUUUCGUUUUAAGAAAAAAACAAAGUCAAGUUACGUUUUUGCAUUUAUACCACCACACCUUUAUGUUGUUCAUCGGCUGGAUCGGCACCAAAUACGUUCCAGGCGGGCAUCUCAUCUUUUUGGGAAUGGUAAAUUCCUUCGUGCACAUCGUUAUGUAUACUUAUUAUAUGUUGGCUGCCAUGGGGCCCGAGUACCAGAAAUACUUGUGGUGGAAAAAACAUAUUACGCUUAUUCAAAUGAUUCAAUUUUUGAUGAUUUUCGUCCACAGUUCGCAGCUUGUUUGGAGCGAUUGCGGAUAUCCAAGGGGAUACGCCAUCAUUGCCCUUCCCAACGCAGUAUUAUUCUAUAACAUGUUUUCUAACUUUUACAAGAAAACCUACAUACCAAAAGACCAAAUCCAAAAUAACAACAUCACUAAAAAAGAAAUAUAGGCGCAUUAAAAACUACCGUUAAGUACC